CUCUCGGCUCGGUCCUGGCAGGCAGAAUGCAGGCAAGAUCAGCUCCUUCUGCUGCUCCUCAGCAGACGAGGUCCUCCCAAGCCUCCAGCGUGGAGAAGUGUGGAGCGUGUGGUCCUGGCUACGCCUCGCCGCUGGAUGCGAUGAAAGGUCCCCGGGAGGAGAUUGUGUACAUUCCCUGCAUCUACAGGAACACUGGGAGAAAGAAACCCGACUUUCUGGCCACUGUGGACGUCGACCCCAAAUCUCCUCACUAUUGCCAGGUGAUCCACCGCCUGCCCAUGCCCAACCUGGGGGACGAGCUGCACCACUCGGGCUGGAACACCUGCAGCAGCUGCUUUGGGGACACCUCCAAGAAGCGGAACCGCCUCAUCCUCCCCAGCUUGAUCUCCUCCCGCAUCUACGUGGUGGACGUGGGGACCGACCCGCGAGCUCCCAGGCUUUUCAAGGUUGUCAACCCCGAGGACGUCUUCUGGAAGUGCAACCUGGGCUACCCCCACACCUCCCACUGCCUGGGCAGCGGGGAAAUCAUGAUCAGUGUCCUGGGAGACCCAGCCGGCAACGGGAAAGGGGGUUUUAUUCUGCUGGAUGGAGAGACCUUUGAGAUCAAGGGGAACUGGGAGAGAGGGGACGAGGUCCCCCCGAUGGGUUAUGACUUCUGGUACCAGCCACGUCACAACGUCCUGAUCAGCACCGAGUGGGGAGUCCCCAAAUGCCUGGGAUACGGGUUUAACCCCAAUGACCUGAAGAAAGGGCGCUACGGACGCCGCCUCAACGUCUGGGACUGGACCACUCACGCCUACGUCCAGGCCAUCGACGUGGGGGAGGAUGCAGCCCCCCUGGAGAUCCGCUUCCUCCACAACCCCGACGCCGCCGAGGGCUUCGUGGGCUGCACCAUCAGCAGCGCCAUCCACCGCUUCUACAGGACGGAGCGAGGAGACUGGGCGGCCGAGAAGGUGAUCCAAGUCCCCAGCAAGAAGGUGGAGGGAUGGCUCCUGCCGGAGAUGCCAGGCUUCAUCACCGACAUCCUCAUCUCGCUGGAUGACCGGUUCCUGUACUUCAGCAACUGGCUGCACGGGGACAUCCGCCAGUACGACAUCUCCAACACGCGCCAGCCCAAGCUGGUGGGGCAGGUGGGGCAGCGGCCACCUCCUGGUCACAUCCCAGUGCUUUUCCUCCAUCUCCUGGGCUGGGAUCAGCCCUUCCUUGCCUUCUCGGCCACCCAGACCUUUGGUUUCUCGCAGGUCUUUGUGGGUGGCAGCAUCUCCAAGGGAGGACCCGUGACGGUGUGCGAGGACCAAGAGCUGCAGAGCCAACCAGAGCCCUUCUUCAUCAAGGGGAAGAGGGUGCCGGGGGGACCCCAGAUGAUCCAGCUGAGCUUGGACGGGAAGCGGCUGUACGUCACCACCUCCCUCUACAGCGCCUGGGACAGGCAGUUCUACCCCGACCUCCUCAGGGAGGGCUCCGUCAUGCUGCAGCUGGACGUGGACACGGAGCAGGGAGGGCUGACGGUCAACAGGAGCUUCCUGGUGGAUUUUGGGAAGGAGCCCGAGGGGCCCUGCCUGGCGCACGAGAUCCGCUACCCCGGUGGGGACUGCACCUCCGAUAUUUGGGUCUAGACACCCCCAAAACCCCAGCACACGAGGGCUGGGGGGGUUCCACCCGUGCAUCCCACUCUUGCUUAAA